UCGCUCGCCGGCUCCUCCUCACUCGCCCGCCCGCGCCCGGCGCAGCUCGGCCAGAGGGAUCGCGGGGCUGAGCGCGCGUCCGCCCGGGUGCUCCAGAAGCUGCCCUGGCCCGCGGCCCGCUCCGUCGCUCCUGCCUUGCCUCGCUCGCCCGCUGCGUCUCUCCCUCGGCCCCCGGCUCCCGCGCCGUCCGCCCGCCCCGCAGCCCGCGGCCCCGCGCGUCCCCAGCAGCCACGAUGCCCGCGGCCCGGCCGCCCGCCGCGGGACUCCGCGGGAUCUCGCUGUUCCUCGCUUUGCUCCUGGGAAGCCCGGCCGCAGCUCUGGCGCGAGAUGCCAGCCCAGAGGGAGACACCAGCCCCUCGGGUCCUGCUCUCCUGCCUUCCGAGGCUCUGCAAGGUGUCAGCCCGGGCCAGGAGAGCUCCGAGGAGCGGGCGAUCGCGGUACCUCCACAUCCCACCCCGUCGGACGAAGAAGAGUUUGGCGAGCUGGAGACGGAGGGGACAGCGGCCCCUGCUGGGCCUGAGCUCCCAGCGCUGUCCUCCGCGCCACCCGAGGAGGCGGCCACCAAACACCCCAAGUUCCCUCGGAAGAAGCCGCCUUCGCUGAAGCAGGUGAACUCAGCCCGGAAGCAGCUGAGACCAAAGCCCAGCUCUGCAGCGGCCACCCAGAGGGCAGGGUCCCAGUCCUCGGGCCCGGCUCUCCUCCCCUCCUCCACGGAGAAGUCCCAGCCCCCGGGAGACCUGGGCCACAUCAUGGCCGCGGAGCCGUCGUCAGAGAUGCCCCUUUGGUUGGACCGCAGGCAGGGAGCCGUCCCCACAACGCCUGCACCCCUGCAAAUCGCCCCCUUUACCUCACAGCCCUACGUGGCCCACACCCUGCCCCAGAGGCCCGGCUCCGAGGAGUCCACAGCACCUGACGCUGAGGCCCGCCAGCUUCCCCCCGAGGACGCCAGCCCUGUAACCCUGAUGGACAAAGGGGAGAACGAGCUGACCGGCUCAGCCUCGGAGGAGAGCCAGGAGACCACCACGACCACCAUCAUCACCACUACAGUCAUCACCACUGAGCAGGCCCCAGCUCUGUGCAGCGUGAGCUUCUCCGACCCGGAGGGGUACAUCGAUUCCAGUGACUACCCCCCGUUGCCCCUCAGCAGCUUCCUGGAGUGCACCUACAACGUGACCGUCUACACCGGCUACGGGGUGGAGCUCCAGGUGAAGAGCGUGAACCUGUCCGAGGGGGAGCUGCUGUCCAUCCGCGGUGUGGACGGCCCCAACCUAACGGUCCUGGCCAACCAGACGCUCCUGGUGGAGGGACAGGUGGUCCGCAGCCCCACCAACACCAUCUCGGUCUACUUCCGCACCUUCCAGGACGAGGGGCUUGGCAACUUCCAGCUGCACUACCAAGCCUUCAUGCUGAGCUGCAGCUUCCCGCGGCGGCCCGACUCCGGGGACGUCACCGUGAUGGACCUGCACGCAGGCGGGGUGGCCCACUUCCACUGCCACCUGGGCUACGAGCUCCAGGGUGCCCAGACGCUGACCUGUAUCAAUGCCUCCAAGCCCCAUUGGAGCAGCCCGGAGCCCGUCUGCUCAGCCCCCUGUGGAGGAGCAGUGUACAAUGCCACCAUCGGCCGUGUCCUCUCCCCGAGUCACCCUGGAAACGCCAACGGGAGCCAGUUCUGCGUGUGGACGAUCGAGGCCCCAGAAGGCCAGAAGCUGCACCUGCACUUUGAGAGGCUGUCGCUCCACGAGAAAGACAGGAUGACGGUCCACAGCGGGCUGACCAACAAGUCGGCUCUUCUCUACGACUCCCUCCAAACUGAAAGUGUCCCCUUCGAGGGGCUGCUGAGCGAAGGCCACACCAUCCGCAUCGAGUUCACGUCCAAUCAGGGCCAGGCGGCCUCAGCCUUCAACAUCCGAUUUGAGGCCUUUGAGAAAGGCCACUGCUACGAGCCCUACAUCCAGAACGGGAACUUCACCACGUCCGACCCCACCUAUAACAUUGGGACCAUCGUGGAGUUCACGUGCGACCCCGGCCACUCUCUGGAGCAGGGCCCAGCCAUCAUCGAGUGCAUCAAUGUGCGGGACCCUUACUGGAACGACACGGAGCCCCUGUGCAGAGCCAUGUGUGGUGGGGAGCUCACCGCCAUGGCUGGGGUGGUGCUUUCCCCGAACUGGCCGGAGCCCUACGUGGAAGGUGAAGAUUGUAUCUGGAAGAUCCAUGUGGGGGAGGAGAAACGGAUCUUCCUGGACAUCCAAUUGUGAGUGUUUUUGAUGGGCAAUC